AUGGAGGCCCUUCCCAACGCACACUCACACGAUCCUAACCAGAAGCUGCAGGCACACAAGGGGGCAGCACUGCCGCACUCUGUGCAGCAGAAGCAGCAGAAGAAGCAGAAGCAGCACCACAAUCCCAUGGGUCUCCAGCAACAGCAGCAGCAGCAGCAGCAGCAGCCCAUGGGCGAGCGUCUAGAGGCAUUCUAUAGCACGCUGUGCCGCAUGGAAAGCGCAUGGGCUCACCACCGCUCUGCUGUCCUCUCUGCCUCGCCCCGAAAAAAGGACAGUGGGCAGAGUCUUUCCGUUGCUGGCUCGCGGGGCCCUUUUCCCCGCCCCCUCUCUCCCCCUUCUUUCCGCCACCCCCUCUCCCCCUCCGUCCGCCCCCUCUCCCCUUCCGUCCGCCCCCUCUUUCACUCCUCCACGUCCCUCCUCUCCUCCUCUCGCUCCGCAUCUAAUCUCCUCCGCUCGACCACCCCCCCUCACACGCCACGCUCUCAGCGCUCCAACCGAAGCAACAGGGACGGCGUUAGUGAUAGAGGCCAUGGCUGGUUGAAGAGCAGCGGUGCUGGGGCAGAUUCGUUUGAGCCUCCGAGCUUCGUCCGCCCGCCCACCCCUCACACUGCUUCGCUUCUCCAAGCCACUGUCGCUGCUGCUGCUUCCACUUCCUCUGCCACUCCUCCUCCUCCUCCUAUUGCUGCUGGCGGUGGUGGUGGUGGUGCUGGUGCUCGUUCUGCUGCUGCUGCUGCUGCUGGUGCUGUUAUUGCCCUUCCUUCUCCUCCAUCUCCUCCCUCUCCUCCCUCCCCUCCCUCACCCCCGACUUUCCACCCUCCUGCGUUCUUCCCUCCUCCAUUAACCCUCCCAUCACCCAAAUCUGCACGACCCGGCCCCUUAACUCCCCCCCCACCUGUCUUUUCCGUGUCCUGGGCUGCAAAGUCAGCUACUGCUACCACUGUUGCUGCGAGAUCAGCUGCCAUUAUUGUUGCUGGUAAACCGGCCCCUAGUGCUGCUCUCGUUACACGCAGCCUAAGCUCCCCCUCUGCUUCCAUGUCACUGGCCGAUGUUGUUUCUUUAACCCAUCAUUCUUCUAACGAGGAUGAGUCUUUACGAGUGGGAGUAGGAGGUAAUGCCAGGGGGAAAGGGAGGGGCGCGAUCAGCUCCUCUUUUUCCCUCCCGGACCUCUCCCACACGUUCGGAGCCUCGGUUCCCCACUCCCCCGCCUCCCCCGCGCCCCCCUCCUCCCCCUUCCCCUUCUCCCCAGCGGUAAGCAAGUUCGGAGUUGACUCAAAACAGGCAAAGGCUGAGCUGACGGCCUUCCUCCAGACCACCGAUUUCGACGAGCUGGUGGCGUUUCAGGCCAAGAUAGAGUCGCUUCUGCAAGACUUGACUGAUGAGACUCAGGUGCUGCAGCGCUUUGAGGGCUUCCCCAGCAGCAAGCUGGAGCUGCUGGUGCUGCUGACACUGCUAGAGCCAGUGCUACAACGAUUUGAGGGCUUCCCCAGCAGCAAGCUGGAGUUGCUGCGUGCGUCGGCAUCGCUGCACUCGCGCCUCUCCGCCCUCUCCCACGACCUUCAUUCUGCGUUGCCCAUGGGCAACGGAGGGGCAGCAGCUGGUGCUGGUGCUGCAGCGGCGGUGGCAGCCCCGGCGUCAGUGGCGGCGGUGGGAGUGUGUCUGGAUCGGUGCGAGCGGCUGUUUGACCGCGUGCGCAGGGAGGUGGAGGCAGUGGAGAGGAGCAGGGAGGAGGACGCUAAGAAGUUUGCAGCGCAGCGGCUGCCAUACAGCGGUGGCGCCAUCGAGAGGGUGAAGGCGGCGGCAGUGCGCCUCUCCUCCCGCCUCUUGGAGCUCUCAGCUCAGCAGGAGAGCAUGAAGCUGAGAGCAUCAGUGGAGCUGGUGGAUGGGCGCAUUCCCGUGUAUGAUGUGCCUCGGGUCAAGGCAGGCCUGUUUCUCCUCUGGCGCUGCUUCCAGUUCGCAUUCAGAGCAUACAAUUUUGCAGGAGGGCAGGAUGAAACGGCUGAGGAGCUGUCCCUUACAGUGGCCAAGGAGAUGGAGGCGUACCCAGCAUACAUGUGGGGAUGA